GCGGGACGGUUUUAAUUUGAAGUGUGUUUGUCGUUACUUGAUAAACAUUCAGUUCGCUUUUGUUUUAGAUUUAUCAUGUUGUGUGUUUAGAAUAGACAAAGCGGGUUGGAUAGCCUUACAGUAAUUUAUAUUUGACGCCAGGAAUACCGGAUAGCAAUAUAGGUGGAUUUCGUAUUGCAUAUGAUUGAAAUAGUGUUUGGUUAUUGGAUUAGUGUAGGUGUUAAAAUUCAACAGAAGACUGUAUGAAAUCAUUUAUUUUGUAUACGUAAGAACACAUGAAGAUAGUGUAUUCUACUAAGGCAAUAUUUGUAUGGCCAUUGUGUGGCUGAGAAGAACAUGACCAUUCCCUUAACUACUAUAUUCAUGUCAUUGUUCCGAGUGUUAUAAACAAGCUUUUUGCAAGAUAAUUUUGGAUGUUUAAUCUACUUUACAUAGCAUUCUAAGCUGGCACAAUGGUUCGCUAUGCAGUUCUUAAAGGUGAUUAUGAAAUUGAAAAAACUAUUGGUUGUGGUGGAUUUGCGAAAGUGAAGUUGGCAACACACACGUUAACAGGAGAGAAAGUGGCAAUAAAAAUAAUGGACAAGACACAUCUGGGUGAUGAUUUACCCAGGGUGGAGCUAGAGAUGAAGGCAUUAAUGAAUUUGAAUCAUCAACAUAUAUGCAGGCUGUUCCAGUUGAUUGAAACUAGUACACAUUUCUUUAUGGUGUUGGAAUACUGUUCAGGGGGAGAGUUGUUUGACCACAUAGUUGAAAGAAAUAGACUGAGUGAGGGGGAAUCAAGAUCUUUUUUCCGACAGAUUGUGUCUGCCGUUGCGUAUCUGCACAGUAUAGGAUAUGCACACAGAGACCUGAAACCUGAGAAUGUGUUGUUAGACAAGGAUCAGGUUGUGAAGCUUAUAGACUUUGGUCUUUGUGCUAAGCCUACAGGAGGAAUGGACUGUCAUCUCUCAACAUCAUGCGGUUCGCCUACGUACGCAGCACCUGAGCUAGUAGUAGGAAAGAGAUACCUAGGUUCUGAAGUUGAUAUCUGGAGUAUGGGGGUUUUGCUGUAUGCAUUACUGUGUGGCCACUUGCCAUUUGAUGAUGAUAACAUUGACAGUCUCUAUCGGAAAAUCGUGAGUGGAAAAUACAAUGAACCAGAGUGGCUGUCUGCUGGUAGUAAGAGACUGAUAAGAUCCAUGUUGCAGACCGAUCCCAAAAAGCGUAUCACUGUUGAUAGACUAGUGUCUCAUCCAUGGGUGAUGCUGGGGUAUGACAGUCCAGUCAGUAAAGAUAGUGUUUGUGAUUUACACGUGAAGGAUGAGGAAUGUCUGAAUGUGAUGUCACAAUUCUAUGGGAUGUCUGCAAAGGACCUGUGGUCACGGCUUAGAUCUUGGAAGUAUGACUAUGAUACUGCAACAUAUCUCCUCUUAAUGAGCAGGAAGAAACAAGGAUUGCCUGUUAGGCUUGUUGCAUCAGCUCAUCAGCCCUGCAGAUCAAGGAUGACUGUUCCAAGGGUGCAUAAACUGGAUACUGCUUUGAAUGGAAUAAAUAGGCUGGAAGAUUCAUCGCCAUUGCCAUCACGAAACAAAACAAAUGAAAUGUAUUUAGUUUUGAGUGGAAGGGAAUCGACACCUGACAAAUAUGAACGUAAUCCUGUAAUCCGAGUAAAGAAACCAAUGGAGGGAAAAGAAAAUAAGGGGGACACGAGGGGUGCUGUGCCUAAUCGGAGGUCUGUCAAGCGGUUCAGGAGCCCAGGCCUUGAUGACGCUGCUUCUCCUGUGCCCACUAAACUGUCGUCCCGUCAAGAAGCUGAAGGGAGGGUCCUGCCUUCGACGCCUGCCUCUUCCGAUCGGGCCGAAGGUGCCACAACUCCGAACGAAACCCCGCUCUCUGCCCGCAAAGUCCUUGGAAGCAUCGAGGCCGAAGGUGCCACAACUCCGAACGAAACCCCGCUCUCUGCCCGCAAAGUCCUUGGAAGCAUCGAGCGAGGAUUGAGCAGGGUCCGGCAUGUGCUGACGCCACGGCGUCGAUUUGCUGCCCAUGCCGAUCGGCCCGCAGUGCUCGGAACCAAGGGUCUGUGUAAUGUCUCCACAACUUCCAGCACCAAUCCUGAGGAGGUGCUAAGUGAACUGCGUCGCGCCCUUAUCAGCAAGGGCAUCUCAUGCAAACAAAAAGGGUUCACGUUACGCGGAAAAGUGGAAGAAAAUGCAUAUCAAGCCACUGGUCAGAAGGGUUCAGUAAGGUCUUCCAACUGCAAGCUGUCCUUCGAAUUGGAGGUAUGCUUGAUUCCAGUUGCUGCUGGGUGUUCUGCAUCCCUUGGUCAGCCCAUUGUAGGCAUCUCACGCAAGAGACUCAAUGGUGACACCUGGUGCUACAAGAAAGUCUGCGAGGAAGUGCUAGCAUUGACUGCCAUGGACCUGUAGCGGUUAUAUGUCAGUUAUUCUGUUUACAUAAUCAAAUAAGUAUAUAGGUCAUGUAACAAUAAAAGUUUUGGUGUGUCUGGAGGAAAGGAAAUUGGUGAAAGAAUUGGUUCAGUUUGUCUUUGAUUUGCAGAAUUUGUGCUCUUAUUUGUAUUAUCAUCAUUUAGGGUGAAGUUAUGCCAUUGUUGCAUCUAGUUCCAGCCCUGAGUUAACUCUUUUGUUACUAAUUAAUCCCUAAAAGUAACAACAUUGUAAAA